AUGCCUAAUACUUUGCCUAAUACUUCUCAAAAGUCAGAGCUUUCACUUCGAGAAAAUAUGUUAAAUAACAUUAUAAGAAUCGAAUUAUUAACAAAUGACUCUUUUACGUUAAUUAUAAAUGACAUAGAUACAAAAUUCUCUGCCAACGAUGAGUUUUUAGCCGAUGUUAAUGAUUUAUCGCCAAUAGAUUUAUCUAAUAAUAUCUAUAUUAUGAACCUUUUUUACAGAAUAGUAAAAAGAAAUAUAUUAAGAAAUACAUUUUUAUCAAGCAUAGGGAUUUCAUCUUAUGAACCUUACAAUUAUAUAUAUUCCCAUUUAUCUUUAAAUCCAAAUUUCUUUACCAAUAAUCAAACAACUAUUUUAAUUAGUCUUUUGUCUGAUUAUAUUGAAGUAGAAACUGAACAAAGGAGUCGAUCGAUCAUAGAUAUUCUUGGAACAAUUGUAGCUAUUUAUGACAAAGAAUUGAACAAAAAUGUGCCAUAUGGCUUUUUUAAACGACUUACUUGGUUUGGAGGACCAUCUGACAAGCCUAUAAUCAAAAGGUUUACAGAACCUUUAGAAAAGUCAUUGAUUGAAAGAAUCGAAGAAUUAGAAUCUAUAAUAAUCAAAAAAAAUUAUUUAGUUGAAAAUGUUGAAAAUUAA